GGUCCAGUCCCGUCGAGUGGCGAACAGGGCUCUGAGACGCUACAGAGGACGACGCAAGGAAAGUAGAGAGCCACCAUAACUAUGCAAUCACAAAAACACACUCGUCUCUAUGGACUGUAAAAUGAAAAGAUCACACAUCCUCAACUUGGAUUGGAAGAAACAACACAUGCGACUCUGAUGACCAACACAAUAACGGAAUUCACUUUUUGGAGUUUGGGAGUUCACUCCGAAAUAAUCUUUUGGCGUUUCAAGCAACAGUUUGUAAAUAUCGCUGAGACAGAACGACUAUCCCCUAGCCAGCCUUCAAGAUGGAGGAGGAACAGUGCUUCUACAAUGAGUCCAUUGCCUUCUUCUACAACCACAGUGGAAAGUACCUGGCUACAGAGUGGAAUACCGUCAGUAAGCUGGUGAUGGGGCUGGGUAUCACAGUAUGUAUCUUCAUCAUGCUGGCUAACCUGCUGGUCAUGGUGGCUAUAUACGUCAACCGCCGCUUCCACUUCCCUAUUUACUACCUGAUGGCCAACCUGGCGGCCGCGGACUUCUUUGCCGGUCUGGCGUACUUCUACCUGAUGUUCAACACCGGCCCGAACACACGGCGCCUCACGGUCUCCACGUGGCUGCUCCGACAGGGUCUCAUCGACACGUCCCUCACGGCGUCCGUGUGUAACCUCCUCGCCAUCGCCAUCGAGCGCCACAUCACCGUUUUCCGCAUGCAGCUACACACGCGCAUGUCCAACCGGCGUGUGGUGGUGGUGAUUGUAGUCAUCUGGACCUUGUCUAUCGUCAUGGGAGCCAUCCCGUCGGUAGGGUGGAACUGUAUCUGUGACAUCAGCACGUGUUCCAGCAUGGCGCCGCUGUACUGUAACUCCUACCUGGUGUUCUGGGCUGUAUUCAACCUGGUCACCUUCCUGGUCAUGGUGGUGCUGUACGCUCACAUCUUUAUGUACGUGAGACAGAGGACCAUGAGGAUGAGCAGACACAGCUCUGGGCCACGCAGGAACAGAGACACCAUGAUGAGUCUACUGAAGACUGUCGUCAUCGUAUUGGGUGCGUUCAUCGUGUGCUGGACGCCAGGCCUGGUUCUCAUCCUCCUCGAUGUGUUCUGUGCCAACUGUAACGUCCUUGACUUUGAGAAGUUCUUCCUGCUUCUGGCUGAGUUUAACUCCGCCAUGAACCCCAUCAUCUACAGCUACCGGGACAAGGAGAUGAGCGCCACCUUCAAGCAGAUCCUGUGCUGUCAGCGCCAGGAGAACGUUAACGGGACGGCAGCCGAGGGCUCCGACCGCUCAGCGUCCUCCAUCAAUCACACUGUGCUGAGUGGAGCGAAACAAAACAAUGAUCACUCAGUGGUGUGAGGAGAGGGGCUGGAGACAGAAGGAGAGGGGCUGGAGACAGAAGGAGAGGGGCUGGAGACAGAAGGAGAGGGGCUGGAGACAGAAGGAGAGGGGCUGGAGACAGAAGGAGAGGGGCUGGAGACAGAAGGAGAGGGGCUGGAGACAGAAGGAGAGGGGCUGGAGACAGAAG